AGAAUUCAUACUGGAGAGAAACCCUAUAAAUGUAAUCAAUGUGGUAAAGCCUUUGCAUGUAAACGGUAUCUUCAAAUCCAUGAAAGAAUUCAUACUGGAGAGAAACCCUAUAAAUGUAAUCAAUGUGGUAAAGCCUUUGCUUGUAACAGUUAUCUUCAAAUCCAUGAAAGAAUUCAUACUGGUGAGAAACCCUAUAAAUGUAAUCGGUGUGGCAAAGCCUUUGCAUGCAAUAGUUAUCUUCAAAUGCAUGAAAGAAUUCAUACUGGUGAGAAACCCUAUAAAUGUAAUCAAUGUGGUAAAGCAUUUGCAUGUAACAGUAAUCUUCAAAAGCAUGAAAGAACACAUACUGGUGAGAAACCCUAUAAAUGUAAUCAAUGUGGUAAAGCCUUUACAUGUCACAGUACUCUUCAAAUCCAUGAAAGAAUUCAUACUGGAGAGAAACCCUAUAAAUGUAAUCAAUGUGGUAAAGCCUUUGCACGUAAAAGAUAUCUUCAAAUCCAUGAAAGAAUUCAUACUGGAGAGAAACCCUAUGAAUGUAAUCAAUGUGGUAAAGCCUUUGCAUAUAGCAGUAGUCUUAACAAGCAUGAAAGAACUCAUACUGGAGAGAAACCCUUUGAAUGUAGUCAGUGUGGUAUAGCCUUUGCAUGUCUCAGUACUCUUCAAAAGCAUGAAGGAAUCCAUACUGAAAAAAAUCCCCCAGCAAUCUAAGAAAUGAGAUGUAGCCUUGCAUACUACAUUCAUUUUCCCAUCUGAGUUUUCUCAGAUUGGUGUUUGAUUAAGAUUAGUAGAAUAAUUCUGCAUUAAACUAGUCUCCAUUUCAAAUUUUAGACAUAUUGUCACUCCAAAAUAUAGGAAUAGCAGACAAUUUGAAUAAUAAAAUCUAUUUGUGAAUGAAAA